UCCUACUCCCAAACCAUCUUUGCGCAACAACAACUCAACGCAUAUUCAUCACCGCAUCUUCUGCUUCAGUAGCAUCUGUCGUCUUCGACCUUCACCUUCCAAAGAAUCACAACUUCCACUUUAACCCAACCAUCAAAAUGACUGGAGGCGGCAAAUCAGGCGGCAAGGCCAGUGGUGCCAAGAACGCGCAGUCUCGGUCUUCUAAAGCCGGUCUGGCAUUCCCUGUCGGUCGUGUCCACCGCCUGCUCCGCAAGGGCAACUACGCCCAGCGUGUCGGUGCCGGUGCUCCUGUCUACCUGGCUGCUGUGCUUGAGUACCUGGCUGCUGAGAUUCUCGAGCUGGCUGGUAACGCUGCCCGUGACAACAAGAAGACCCGUAUCAUUCCCAGACAUCUCCAGCUCGCCAUCCGCAACGAUGAGGAAUUGAAUAAGCUGCUCGGCCACGUCACCAUCGCCCAAGGCGGUGUCCUGCCCAACAUUCACCAGAACCUGCUGCCCAAGAAGACUGGCAAGACUGGCAAGAACGCCGGUAGCCAAGAGUUGUAAUGUGGGUGAUGUUUGUGUUUUCUGGUUGGCUGUUUGGGACGUUUCAUGAACCAUGGGGUCACGGUUGGGUCACGGUUUGAUUUUCACGCAAUUGCGAAUGCGUAUGGGUUGUACAUUACAGACAUAAUCCAUUGGGCAAUGGACACGAAUGAGAAUUUCUGAACACGCAAAACUUGGUAUCUUCGGUCUUUUGCAUUGUGAACUGUUUGACCGGGUGGUUGGGCUUCGCCAUCAACUUUCCAGUGAUGAUGGGUUGCAUCUUUUAUACUUGGGGUUUGGCAUAUGUCUUAGAGAUAUUCCAAAUCACAUCCACUUUAGAUGAGUUUCCAGGCACAAAUUACCGAAGAUAGCAAUGCCCAUGACAUUUAUUCGUCAUCCCAUUGCAACUAGGAAGAUAUAGGAAGUUGACAGUGAGUAGGGUAGAAUGGGUUUCAGUACUUUCUAAUUA